AUGCCUCCCAAAGCCGCUGAGAAGAAGCCCAGCACCGGUGGCAAGGCCCCGGCUGGCGGCAAGGCUCCCGCUGAGAAGAAGGAAGCCGGCAAGAAGACUGCUGCCGCUGCCUCCGGCGACAAGAAGAAGCGUGGAAAGACCAGGAAGGAGACCUACUCCUCUUACAUCUACAAGGUCUUGAAGCAGGUCCACCCUGAUACCGGUAUCUCGACUCGCGCUAUGUCCAUCCUGAACUCUUUCGUCAAUGAUAUCUUUGAGCGUGUCGCGACCGAAGCCUCGAAACUCGCUGCUUACAACAAGAAGUCCACCAUCUCUUCACGGGAGAUCCAGACCUCUGUGAGGCUCAUCCUUCCCGGUGAAUUGGCGAAGCACGCGGUGUCCGAAGGCACCAAGGCUGUCACGAAGUACUCGUCGUCUGCCAAAUAA